AAUCUGAAAAAUAAAAAAAAAUUAAAAAAAGGGUGUUCGCUUUCGGUGCUUUGCGGGAGUGGGGUUGAACUUGGAACCCUAGGCAGAAGGAGCUCUUUCGGUCUGCCACAAAACCAACUGAAAGAGCUCCGCCCAAACAAGGUUUUUGUCUUUUCGCUGUCCCAAAAAAGAAAAAAGAAAAUUCUUGAAACUUCUACUAUGUCCGGCCUCCACCGGUCUUCAAGUGCUUCGCUCAAGAAUGGCCUUCCUCCUCAAGAACUCCUUGACGAUCUCUGCAGUCGGUUUGUUUUAAAUGUGCCAAAAGAAGACCUACAGUCCUUCGAGAGGAUUUUAUUUCUUGUGGAGUACGCACAUUGGUUUUAUGAAGACAACUCGGUGGAGAACAAUCCAUCACUGAAGUCAUUUACUCUAAAGGAGUUCACUUCUUUACUUUUUAACAGUUGUGAUGUUCUAAAGCCAUAUGUAGCCCACAUAGAUGACAUAUUUAAGGACUUCACAUCCUACAAGGUCAGAGUUCCUGUUACUGGGGCAAUCAUUUUGGAUGAGACCUAUGAACGGUGCUUGCUAGUGAAGGGAUGGAAAGGGUCAAGUUGGAGUUUUCCGCGCGGGAAAAAGAACAAAGAUGAGGAAGACCAUACGUGUGCCAUCAGAGAAGUCCUGGAGGAAACAGGAUUUGAUGUUACAAAGCUUCUUAACAAAGAUGAAUACAUUGAACUUGUAUUUGGACAGCAGAGAGUGAGGCUCUAUAUAAUCGCAGGUGUGAAGGAUGAUACUGCCUUUGCACCACUCACCAAAAAAGAGAUCAGUGAAAUUGCAUGGCAUCGGCUAGAUGAUCUUCAGGCAGCAAGUGGUGAUGUAAUAUCUCGUGGGAUCACUGGCCUCAAACUUUACAUGGUGGCCCCCUUUAUGGCAACAUUAAGAGCAUGGAUUUCAUCACAUCCUCCUUCAAUGGCUCCUAGACAUGAUUUGCCUCUCAAAGGGAUGUCCGUGUGGAAAGCAAAAACCAGUUCAACAGGGACUAACACAAUGAUAACGGAGAGCCAGUCGAAUAAACCUGAACCUGAUGUUCUCGUUGAUGUGGGACCCGGCAAGAGCUUCAGAAACUUUAGGUUUGAUACCGCAUCGGUAUUACAGGCAAUGGAUGCUGGUUUUUCUGCUUGAAUGCAAAUACUUAGGUUGCUUCUUUGUAAAGUGUCCAUGUUCAAAUACUGGGUUGGUUAGCCCCAUCUCACUUGUAUUACUAAUUGGCAUUGCAUAACUUUGUUGCUGUAUCUCUUGUAUAUGGUGUAAGAAUUCAGGUUUGGGUUUUAUGUAUAUUCUGUACAGAAGCCCUCUUGUUGCAGACAUACACAUCUGUUUGUUCGUUCAUAUCACGUAGUUGUCAGACGGACUUGGAAAAGUACCAUCGUUACGAGUCUCAAUAUCUUGUGCUAAUCUUAGUUAGUGCAGUUGGGAUGGCACAGUUGGAAGAACAUUUAGAGAAAUGGGUUCAAACCAUGCCAGAUCCGGUAGGGCAGUAGGACUUGGAUAGACAAGAGUUCUUGAUUAAAAAAAUGUAGAAAUUUGGAUAUGUUGAUCUUCCGUCAGAUGGGGACGUUUUGUUGCUUUUAGUUUCGUCUUUCUGUAAGAAAAGGCAUUGGACCGUUAUAAUAAAUAGAAUGUUCACCAAGGCUUUGUUUAUGAAA